CUGUUUUUACAUGGCCAAGGGGAUUGCAGUGUGUUUUCCGGUGUUGUUGACGCCCUCGAUUCUUUAGAUGGAUCUUUUGCGGAUAUUUUACACAGGCACAGGUUAAAAAGGGGGACUUGAAUUGCAUCUUAAGAGUUUUUAUGCUGAAUAUGUGGUGGAAGUUCCAUGGCGAAACUUUGCAGUGAACGAAGGUCCUAAGUGGGUAGUGGUGGGAGCAUGGAUGAUUAUCAAUAUUGGUCUCUUUGUUGGUACAUUUUUCCAGUACAAAAAUGGUAUAGGCUACUUUUAUCUGCGUGAACUGGUUGGUGAUUCCCUUUCCUGGGCACGUGCCAGUGCAGCCUGCCUGAACUUCAACUGCAUGCUAGUGCUUCUUCCUGUUUGCCGUAAUCUUGUAUCAUACAUUCGAGGGGCAUGUUCGUGCUGUCACAACCAUGUUCGGCGUACUCUGGACAAGGGGAUUACCUACCAUAAAUAUAUUGCGUACAUGAUCUGUCUGCAUACAAUUAUACAUGUUGCUGCUCACUAUUUUAAUUUUGAGCGCCUGUUGGAGUCACAUUCUGCUGACAACAUCAAAGGAAUUUUAAGUCGCUGGCCCACUUCACCUAAUGGUUCCUGGGUCAAUCCAAUCCGUACAGCAAACACGGAUCCUUCCCGGGAAUUAUUUAAGACUGUGUCAGGUGUUACUGGUGUUGUUAUUACCCUUUGUCUUGUUCUCAUAAUGUCUUCAUCAACAGAAAUUAUCAGACGCUCAUACUUUGAAGUGUUUUGGUACACCCACCACUUGUUCAUUAUUUUUUUUAUUGGUUUUGUCAUCCAUGGAGUUGAGAGAAUCAUCCAUCAACAAAGCAAUACAGAUGAACACAACCCAGAGAAAUGUUCACUACAAACAGAAACCUGGGGCAAGCUGCCUUGUCCAGACCCUGAGUUCAUUGGCUCAGGACCCUUUAGCUGGGCUUGGGUACUGGGUCCUUUCAUCUUAUACACUGUUGAACGUGUAAUUCGCCUGUAUAGGAGCUUACAGCGAGUGGUCAUCACGAAGGUCAUCAGUCAUCCAUCUCGAGUUUUUGAACUGCAGAUGAAGAGGAAAGGGUUCUUUGCACGCCCAGGACAGUAUAUUUUUUUGCACUGCCCAAGCAUUUCCCAGCUUGAGUGGCAUCCUUUCACUCUGACCUCGGCACCACAUGAGGAUCAUUUCUCAGUGCACAUCCGCAGAGUAGGAGACUGGACAGAGGAACUGGCCAAAGCUUGUCAUGUAGAUGAGGGUGAAUUUCAGGAGGCUUCAAAAAUGCCCAGGUUAGCAUUGGAUGGACCUUUUGGAACAUCAUCUGAGGAUUUUAUGGAUUAUGAUGUGACUGUGUUAAUUGGUGCUGGAAUAGGUGUCACACCUUUUGCAUCUAUUCUCAAGCAUAUUUGGAAUGUAUACUGUGAUCCAAAAUGCAAUAUGCCACUGAAGCAUGUUUACCUUUUUUGGGUCUGCCCAGAUAUGCAUGCUUUUGAGUGGUUUCGACAGCUUCUGCAAUCUCUUGAGAGCCAAAUGUCAGAACAGGGCAACCAUAACUUCAUGUCUCAUAGCAUUUACCUUACAAGAGGCUGGGAUUCACAACAGGCCAAGAACAUAAUGUUGCAUGACCGAGAAUCAGGGCUGGACCCCAUCACAGGGCUACAACAGAAGACACACUAUGGUCGUCCUCAGUGGGAUCGUAUUUUUACUUCUCUGGCAGAAGCACAUCCACAAUCCAAAAUUGGAGUAUUUUUCUGCGGACCAGGUGAGCUGUCAACUGUUUUACAUAAACUGUGCAACAGGCAUUCCACCAUCCAAGGAGCAACUUUCUACUACAACAAGGAACACUUUUAAUGGUCUUCUGCAGUCUUUACAGGUUGCAUAUUGGUAUUGUGGGGUUCACGCUGCUGGAAAUUUUAUGACAAGAAUGCAUUUAAGGAUUUAGUAGUGAUCCACACAAAGGAAACAGUGACUGCUUUUAUUUACAUAUUCUUUUUCUUCCAUUUUUACAAAGUGUUUAAAAAAUAGACAUUCUCACCCUUUCCACAAAGGAAUUUGUAUUUUAGAUACAAUCCUUGUUUCAUAAAUAAAAAAUAGUCUUAAAAAGAUUAAGAAUGACAAUGAAGAAAUCACUGGUGCCUUUACAUAGUUUGUUUUUCCCUUUUUUAUUUCACAUAAAAUAUGGAAAUGCUGCAAUCUUGUCAGUGGAUGCUUGUUUUUAAGACUUCUUGUGUUAAAGAAUGCUGUUUGACCAGCGCAUGAACUGUUAAUAUCACAUUGGCACCACACACAAAAUGUGGGGGGCUGGUCUCUAGGCUUAAUGGCUUUAAGGUCAGUUGUGUGUGAUUUCAGAUAGGUCCGCUUUUGUCUAUUAGCAGUGGAAAUGUUGGUAGUUGUGGACAGAAGUUUCUUGACAACUCUUUUGAGUCACAUGGUUGCAGAGCAGAUUUGAAAACUAUGCAUUGGAAAUUUUGGACAGCUAAAAAUGGCAGACAGAAAACUUGGAUCAGGUGCUGAAUAAAAUGGGAUAGAAAAAAAGUACAACUAAAAACUUUUACUAACAGUUCUAAAAUUGUUUUUUUGCAGAUUUAUCCUUAUAAAAUAGAGAAAAUUUGUACAGAUGGAAAUCUCAUAUAAUAGCUAGUCAGAAGAAACUGUUCAACUCCUCGCCAUGCCCAAUGUUGUGUGUCAUUUUGUAAUUUAUAACAUUUUUACAAACUUUUUGAAAAUAGAUGUCUAUAGGCAACAGAGCUAAUAUUUUUUCAUGAUAAUGCAGUAUAAAUAGGUAAGAUAUGAGUGUAUGCCAUUAGAUUAUUAGAACUAUGGUCAAGGUGAAGUUUUCAGAAGCAUUGUCAUCAAAUAAAUUGAUUCUUCAGAAAGGAAUCAAGUUUUCUGCUUACUUCUAUUAACCAAUAGAAGUGAUAGCUAUCUUUAUAAUUUAGAUGUGCUUGGGUAUAUUUCAAUGCAAUAUUUCUUUAAAACAAAAUUAGACUCCUUUAAGUUUUUUCAUCAUGAAGGUUUCCCGCCCUACCAACUUUAGGAAUUUAUUGUAUAUUUUACAGAUGUUUGGAAAAAUUGCUGUUAUCUAGUGGUAUAACCUCAUCUUGCAUUUAUUCUAUGUAAGGUCUGUGUGGUUAUGUGCUUGUUUAGACUAGGUAGCUGCUAUGGAACACCAAAGGAAGGAAGAUCUCAAUCUGCCUUAAAUAAGAUCUUACCUUUUUGUUACAAAAUUAUAAUAAAUGAAAAGAUCUGUUGCUGCAACAUUUCAUAAAAAUCCUAUCUAAAGGGCAAAGUUGAGCAGGGAACUUGUACUCAAGCUCUCUGAGGCUGUUCAGAUAUUUGCUACAUUUUUUCAAGUCAUGACUGCACAGUUAUGUUUAUAUGAUAUAUGUUGUCUGUCUUGCUUAUAAAAAUAACAUUUGUUUUUUUGUUUUGUUUAUUCCUUGUUCCUCCUCAAGGAGCCUAGGGCCGCAAAAAAUAACAUUUAUGUAAAUAAAAUAAGAUUUUUAUUUUUUCUAAAA